GCACGGAGCCAAAACGAGUCUUGGGAUUCCCUCGGCCUGGCACGAGGAAAUCCCUCUUAAUCAAAACAAACAGUCACCUUGCUGUUGGGUUAGAACGUUCCACGAUGAUGCAAUCAGCAAGAAAGACGUGUUGUUUCUACCCAAUGAUACAAAGCGGAUUCAAAUCAAAGAAUGCGACACCAUUAAGAUGCCUCUCUGUAACCAUGGUAACACAAACCAACUAUUCUUCAUCAACUCCUUCAAAUGUCGACUUGAUUCGACACCUCAGAGCAAGGAUAAAGUCAAAUGGUCCCCUCACCGUCGCAGAAUAUAUGAAGGAAGUCCUUACAAACCCUUUGUCAGGCUACUACAUGAAGAAAGAUGUAUUCGGAUCUCAAGGGGACUUCACGACAUCUCCAGAAAUUAGUCAGAUGUUUGGAGAGCUGGUUGGUAUUUGGUGCCUGAAUGAGUGGAUGCAUGUCGACUUGACGAAGAAACUACAGGUUGUGGAGCUGGGACCGGGUCGUGGAACUCUAGCAGACGACAUGCUGAGGGCAAUUUCCCGAUUUUCCGAUGUAAGAGACAGCGUAUCAUUACAUUUGGUAGAAGUAAGUCCAGCGCUGAGUGACAUACAAGAAUCCAAGUUGUCAGGGAAGCAACUAGAUCAGAUCAAAGCAGAGUCAGCCACCAAAUCCACAGAAGCAGUCUCAGAAGGUGGCCAUUAUAAACAGUGCAUCUCCAAAUAUGGUCAGCCUGUGUUCUGGUACCAGAGCCUGCAAGAUGUUCCUCAUGGCCUCUCGUGCUUCAUCGCUCACGAGUUCCUGGAUGCUCUUCCCAUAUACAAGUUUCAGAAGACAGAUCGGGGGUGGUGUGAGGUGAUGGUUAGCUUUGAUGAUGACAACAACUGUUUCAAGUUCGUGCUGUCUCCGGGGGCAACAGUAGCAUCCACUGCCUUCCUACAGGUGGCUCCUGGCGAGACUCGAGACCACAUAGAAGUAUGUCCAGAUGCUGGCCAGAUUGUUCAGGAGCUGUGUAAAAGAAUUCUGUCUCAUCAAGGAUUUGCCCUCCUUGCGGACUACGGCCACAGUGCAGAGAAGACCGACACAUUUAGAGCCUUCAAGAGCCACCAACUUCAUGAUGUACUUGUUGACCCCGGAACAGCUGAUCUGACCGCUGAUGUAGAUUUCACCUAUUUAAGAAACAAGACUGAGCCCACAGUUUCAUCAUAUGGGCCUUUGACACAGCAAGAAUUUCUGCACAAUAUGGGAAUUGGCGUUCGCCUCCAGGUUCUUCUUGAGAAAGCCGACCAAGAAACUUGGAAAGACCUGAUAUCUGGUUAUGAUAUGCUGACAAACCCAAAGAAGAUGGGAGAAAGGUUUAAGUUCUUAGCUUUAAUGAAUCCUAGACUAAAAGACUAUAUACCUGCAGGCUUUGUAACACCUGAGGCCUUGAAACAAUCCCAAUAAAAAAAAUUCACCAUU